UCUUCAUGUCUGACAUUAAUCUAUCCAACAUCAAGCACAUCGUUCUUAUACUUUCUGGAAAAGGCGGCGUAGGAAAGUCCUCAGUGACGACGCAGUUAGCUCUUGGAUUAGUGCAACAGGGCAAAAAAGUGGGAGUAUUGGAUAUUGAUCUGACAGGUCCUAGUAUUCCUCGAAUGUUGGGCUUGGACGGUAAAAAAGUACACCAAGCUUCACAAGGCUGGAUUCCUGUUUACGCAGAUGAGAAUCAAAGAUUAUCUUGUAUGUCCAUUGGCUUUCUUUUAGAGAGUAAGAAUAGUUCGGUUGUCUGGAGAGGACCCAAGAAGAAUGCCAUGAUAAAGCAGUUCUUACAGGAUGUCUAUUGGGGAGAACUAGACUAUUUAUUAAUUGAUACACCUCCAGGCACUUCUGAUGAACAUAUCAGUAUAGUAGAGUACUUAAAGACAUGCAAUCCAGAUGGUGCUGUUAUUGUCACAACUCCUCAGGCUGUUGCUAUUGCUGAUGUUCGUAAAGAACUUUCAUUCUGUAAAAAAGUAGGCUUGCCUAUCUUGGGUGUCAUUGAAAACAUGAGUGGAUAUAUUUGUCCUCAUUGUGCGGAAUGUACAAACAUCUUUUCUUCGGGAGGCGGUGAAGCUAUGGCAAAAGAACAAGGUAUUGAAUUUUUGGGCAGAAUUCCUAUUGACCCAAAGUUUACAACCAUGGUCGAUACAGAAGGUGCAGGAUCUUAUGUUCAUAUGUUCAAGGAAUCUGGUCUGUUUUCGAUCUUUCAGCAAGUUUGUGAGAAAGUAGACGGCCUGGUCUCAGCCAAAUAGUGAGUUUGUAUAUAUAUAUAUAUAUAUUUGAUGUGAAUGAAUCACUCUGUUGAUGCUCUUGAAUCAAAUUGUUUGUGAUAAAUAUUGUAAUAUUUGUAUUGUAAUAACAUGACGGUACUUUUUUGGUGUUUGAAAGGGCAUUUCACACAUGUUACCGUCUGAAAUAACUACUUGUCUAAGUAUUAUAAAGAUCUCUCUUGUCAGCAAUAUAUGCUAUUAGUAUCUUUUUUUUUUUUCUCAUUUCAAUGAACAGAG